UUUCUAACGCGAUUUGAUAUUUAGGUUUGACAGAGUUGACGGGACAACUUACAAACAUCUCAGAAUAAAGAUAGUCCAAGCUGUCUUUAUUUGGAUAAAGCACGUCCAUCGUCUCAGCACGACGUAAAAAAAAAAAACAACAACAACAUGGUGCUGGCAGAUUCUGACCUGGAAAGUUUGAGUCCUGUGGAGUCAGAUGAUCUUUCAGGAUCAGAUGAAGACUUUGAACCCAACAUGAGAAAAACAAAGAGGAAAAAGGGACCAGCUCCAGGAGACACAGUGACACUUUCUAAACGGCCCAGACGAACAGCAGGCAGCACUUCCAGUCCUUCGCUUACACCCUCACCUGGAGCUUCUCGCACAACAAAACACACACCUGCCCCACAGCCCGAGACAGAUAGGGCCGAAAGAAGGAAGACUGGGAACAUGUUUGUGGCUGUGAGAUCAGGACGCUCCGCACUGGUGACGGUGAUUGAUGAAUGGCUGGAUGACUAUAAACAGGAUAGAAAAGAGGGUCUUCGAGAACUCUUGAAUUUUGUGGUUGAGUGUUGUGGCUGUAAAGGCUCCGUAACAAGGGCGAUGUUUGAUAGUAUGCAGAAUGCUGACAUCAUCAGUCACCUGACUAAAGAGUUUAAUGAGGACUCAGUAAGUUACCCUUUGGCUGCCGGGGGGUCUCAGGGUCGACGGUUUCGUGAUGGACUGUGCGAGUGGGUGUGUCAACUUGUGCAGCGCUGCAGACACAGUCUGCUCUAUGAUGAAUUUUUAUUCUCUUCCCUGAUUGCCUUCCUCACGGGGCUCGCUGAUUCGCAGGUCCGAGCCUUUCGACACACCAGCACGCUCAUUGCCAUGCGUCUGAUGUCUGCUAUAGUGGCGGUGUCUGCAGUGGUGUAUGCUCAGGCUGACACAAUGCAAAGACGCUAUCAGCUGGAGAAAAGCAAGAAUGCUGCACACAGAGCAACUGAGAGACUGGAAGAGCUCCAGAAUGCCUACAGCGAGCUGAUGGAGCAGCAGGAGGAGUUGCGCUCUUUGAUGAACGGGAUCUUCAAAGGAGUGUUUGUUCAUCGGUAUAGAGACAAAGUUCAUGAGAUCCGUGCGGUCUCUAUGGAGGAGAUGGGGGUGUGGCUUAGAGAAAACCCCGCCUCCUUCCUUAACGAUGGACACCUCAAAUACUUAGGCUGGAUGCUACAUGACAAACAAGCUACUGUUCGUUUGCAGUGUGUGUUGUCUCUUCAGAAACUUUAUGCGGAGAAAAGUUUUAUUGGCCGUUUGGAGCUCUUUACUAGUCGCUUUAAGGAGAGGUUGUUGAACAUGGUAAUGGAUAAAGACUCUGAUGUUGGUGUGGAGGCAGUGAGGCUGCUGCUGAUCAUUAAGCAGAACACAGACGAUGGUUUGUCUGAGGACGAGUGUAUGCGUGUGUAUCCACUGGUGUUUGCUGUACAUAAAGGACUUGCGUCUGCCGCUGGAGAGUUUUUGUACCAUGUGCUGUGUGCUGAGGUGGAUCAUGUACUUGAAAAAGAAGAGAAAGAGAGGCGCAAUGUCACUUUUCUCAACCUGCUCACAUGUUUCUUUAUUCAGAGCAAGUAUCAUGAACAUGCUGCGUACCUGGUGGACAGCCUCUGGGGUGUGGCUGUGUCUGAGCUUAGAGACUGGGAGACAAUGACAUCGCUGCUGCUCCAGGAGAAUGGAGAUGAGCAAGGGCUGAAUGAUGAUGAAGAGGCUGCUCUAAUUGAGCUGAUGAUGUGUGCAGUCAGACAGGCAACAGAGGGAACUCCACCUACAGCUCGGUCCCUCGGGAGGAAGAAUUUAAAAGGCAGAAAGCAACAGAUUUUGGAAAGGAAACGCAUCACCAAUCAUUUCAUACCACUGCUGCCACAGUUACUCACUAAGUUCUCUGCAGAUGUGGAUAAAGUAAUUUGUUUGCUCAAAGCUCCUCUGUAUUUUGAUCUUGAAGUUUACGGCAGCACAGGGCGGCUGGAGAAGUAUUUGGAGCAGUUGUUAUUUCAGGUGUGUGAGAUUGUGGAGAAGCAUCAUGAGGAGCGUGUGCUGGAUGCGUGUGUGCGUGUGUUGUCGGUGUUGUGCUUUGAUCAGUACACUUUCUCUGCGCGUGCCGAAAGAGUCGUGAGUCAGCUUUUUGACUCAACCGUGGAGAGAUUUAACACGCACCUUGCCGAUGUACUGCAGGGCACAGCUGACGAGGAAGACGUGUACAGUGCCGCAACUUCCCUGAAGAAAUUGGCCAUUUUCAGCAGUGCAAGAGACCUGACUGCGCUGAAGCUGUUUGAGCCUUGCUUCCUGCUGUUGAAGACUGGGAUAGAGUCCAGAGAGGUGGAUGUGGAGUUAAUGUUGUCUGCACUGAAGUGUGCUGUUUUCCAUUUGCUGUGGGCGAGGGCGAAGAUCUCACAAACUCCUCAACCUGAGAAGGCAGAGGUGAAACAUUUGCUGAAGCAGGUUCGGUCAUUUUGUGAGGUGUGCCAGAGCUGCCUUUCUAUGAGCAACAGUCUUGUCAGGAACAAGGCCUUUGAAUGUGUGUGUGAUGUAUUGGUGGUGUUUGGACCAGGCAAAAGCAGCAGUACUGAUGCUCAGAGUGUGUGUGUUUCUCCUGAUGACACACUCAGGGCUGAGAUGGCCUCCUUCCUGAUUGAUUACAUUUUCUCUGAUCCUGAGGAUGAGGGCGCAGAUGAGGAUGAGGAGUUGAAAAUCAUUGCUCUUCAGUGCAGAAGAAAUCAGCUGGCCGGUUACUGCAAACUUAUUAUUUACGGAGCUUUGGAGCUCAGGGCAGCGGCUGAUGUUUUUAAACACUACAGCAAGUUCUACAGAGAUUUUGGUGAUAUAAUUAAGGAGACUCUGAGUAAAUCUAAGAUUAUGAGCCCAGUGGAAAGCGCAAGGACGAUCUGCCUCAGCCUACAGCAGCUGUAUUCCUCAUUAGGUGAUGAGGGUCAUGAUGAUAUGAAAGACAUCAGAGAUGUGGCAAAGAAAAUGGCAAUGAGCUUUGGUGUUAAUCUCCAGCACAUCCGGAAACCUCUCAUCGCUCUACACCAGGAUGGUAUUAGUUUUGCGUUAAGAGAAGUUGAUGAGAGCGAUUAUCCGAACUUGAGCUUUCUGGAAGUCCUCACUGAAUUCAGCCACAAACUCAUGAAGCAGGACCGGGCACAGCUAUUGAAUUAUCUACACAGUGUGUCUGAGAGUGUGCGUGUGAGUGGAAACACAGCAUGUGUGGACAUGUAUGAGCGCUCACUCCGUACUGGAUCCAGAGAGACACCUGCUGUCUCUCCACCACACACACCAGCCAAGAGACGCAGAACCACUGAGAGUUCGGUCGGUAGCGGUUUGGACGCUCCAGCGCUAACCUCUACGGUUAUACAGAGUCGAGUUGGCCAUGGGCACCAACAGACUCAGCCACCAUCUACAGAAGUCAGCUCAGAUCAGCUAUCAGAGGAUGACUUUAUAGAGGGGAGUAUAGAUAGAAAGCUGCAGCAAGGCAGGAGGGAUCAGGAUAGCUCUGAACCCAGUGAUGUGCACUCUCAGCUCCACAUGCUCUCUCUGAUUGAGGAAGACUUUGAUGAAGAGGAACCUGAUAUAGAAGACUAUGAUGAAGACUCGGAUGGGGUUGGUGUUGUAUCUCUGCCAUCAACACGCCAUUCCACCAGUUUCUUAGAAGACCUGUUUGAGUGAAAAAUGCACGCACACACACACACACAGUUUAACUCUGAGACCAUGUAUUUGCUAAUGUUAAUUCUGUUUGUUUGAGUGUUUAAUGUUCUUUUUUUUUUAAGCAGAUGUGUACAGAAGUUCAUUUAAUGUACACUACUAAAGAUUAAUUUGGUGAAUAAGUUGCAUUAAAAAAAUGGAAAAAAAAGGCUCUGAAUCUGAAAUCCACCCUAAGCCUAAAUUCUCUUGCAGCUUGUUAAAAAAGCUAUUUAGGAACCAACUUGGUGUGAAUGCGCCUUCAGGAGAUCAGUAUGUUGGCUAUGUGAAGCCAACACAUUUCACAUUCUCACUGUGUCGGUGUGUUCUUUUUUCCUCUGGGUUUUAGUUCCAGGAUAAACAUGAUGGCAUUAAAAUAAUAAAUAAAUAAUAUACUGAA